UUCAAGGGAAUUCCACCAUGGACGAACUAAAGGAUAUUCUUCGCGAGUACGUCAAGCGAAACCAGAUACUGGAGAGUUCGAAUGAGCUGCUUCGUGAGAAAUUGUUGGAGCAGGAAAAGUUGCACAAGGUGUACAUCGAUGAUUUGAACAAUAUGAAAGCAUCGUUGGGAGGUCUACAGGAUGCACUGAUGAAGUGUCGCGCAAACAUUCUAAGCCACGAGAUGAUGGAUAAAUCGAAAAACGUGUUUGGUAGCGCUCAAACCAAAACCGAUCAAACAAACGGCAACACCAUGGAGUUGGUUUCGUUGCAAGCACAGCUGGAAGUUUGUAAGAACGAUUUAACUGAACAGCGUACCGCCUAUGAGGAACUUUUGAUUGAGAAAAACCGAAUAACAGCCGAGAUGCAGUCACUGUUGCAAAAGAAUCACCAACUCUCGAUGGAUCACGCACAGAAUAGCAGAAUAAAUCCGUCCUCACCACACCAAAUCAUCCGUGCGACGAAACCGGAUGGUAUGAAGCUGUACGGCACAUCACCAGGCGUCUUUGAACGGCAGAUCGAACCUUGCCCUCACUGCAACAACAUGUUUGGAGAUUUUCUUACACUGGAAACACAUAUCAAAGAUUGUCCGGGGCUCGAUUAUUAAUCGAUAUCGCG